AUGCGACCCAUGCCUUUUUGGAAAACGAAGCUGGAUCUAUGGUUCUUGCAGAUGGAAGCCCAAUUCCUUACAGCGAAUAUAACGGUAAAUGUAACCAAAUACAACUAUGUGAUACAGUGCUUUGACGACACUUCUCUGACAGAGGUUAGUGACAUUCUGCUUAACCCUCCCGCGACAGAUAAGUACGCCGCUCUCAAAAUUAGGAUAGUCAGUAGCUUCGCGGAUAUUGCCGAAAGAAAACUGCGUAAAUUGUUAAAUGAAGUUGAUCUAGGCGAUCAUCGUCCGUCACAGUUGCUUCGCAGAAUGAGGGACCUUGCGCAAAACGGCGCGUCAAAAGAAGUACUUAGAUCCUUAUGGUUACAGCGCCUGCCACAACAGAUGCAGGCUAUUUUAACAGCUACAAAAUAUGAUCUUGAGGAACUGUCGCAGCUGGCAGACCAAGUAACGGAUGUAUUACCUAUUGGCGAUAACCUGUCGCAAAUUUUACACCCACUAAAGCUACCACAAUGGAUUCGCAAAUGUCUGCGCUACUGGAUAAAAUAG